CCCCUGGCCCGGGAAUGAUACCUGCGCUCACCCUUGGGGAGGUGGGGCACCAGACCUGAGGGCAGGAGAAGCUGGACCCUAGGGAACGGAGGCGGGGCCCUCCCAUCCAGGUCUGUGGGUCAGGGAAAACGUGGGAGACCACGGAGUCCAGCCUCCUUAGCCAGCAGCUCCAUCCUCUGUGCGCGGGCAGCCCCGCAAGAGGCUGGCAGCCCCCGCCAGCGGCUGCUUUGCCCGCUCACUGGCCAGGAAGGUGGACACCUCACACCUCAGUCUCCCAAUUACGCCCUCCUCCCCCACUCCUCCUCCCCUCCCUCUCUCUCUUCCUCCUCCCCUCUCUCUCCUCCUCUCCCCCCUGAAAACCUGUGGCUUGAAGAGACCUUGGCUUCUCUGGGACUCUACCCCUCUCUACCCCUGGGGACUGCCCAUAUCUGCUCCUGAGUUUGGGGGCAGGGGGCCACCACCCCCAAGGACUCUCUGCGGCGAUGGGAGCCACCUGCCUGCUGCCCCACGUCACUCUGUGCCUCCAGCUACUAAUUCUCUGCUGUCAAACUCAGUACGUGAGGGACCAGGGCGCCAUGACCGACCAGCUGAGCCGGCGGCAGAUCCGAGAGUACCAGCUCUACAGCCGGACCAGUGGCAAGCACGUGCAGGUCACCGGGCGUCGCAUCUCUGCCACCGCGGAGGACGGCAACAAGUUCGCCAAACUCAUAGUGGAGACGGACACGUUUGGAAGCCGCGUGCGCAUCAAGGGGGCUGAGAGUGAGAAAUACAUCUGUAUGAACAAGAGGGGCAAGCUCAUUGGGAAGCCCAGCGGGAAGAGCAAAGACUGCGUGUUCACGGAGAUCGUGCUGGAGAACAACUACACAGCCUUCCAGAAUGCCCGGCACGAGGGAUGGUUCAUGGCCUUCACGAGGCAGGGUCGGCCCCGCCAGGCUUCUCGAAGCCGCCAGAACCAACGAGAGGCUCACUUCAUCAAGCGCCUCUACCAGGGCCAGCUGCCCUUCCCCAACCACGCGGAGAGGCAGAAGCAGUUCGAGUUCGUGGGCUCAGCCCCCACGCGCCGGACCAAGCGCACUCGGAGGCCACAGCCCCUGACGUAGUCGGGGACACUGGGGGCAGCUGCCCCUCACCAGCCUUCCCAUCCCCUUCCCUUCCUAAUCCCAAGACUGGGCUGGGGUGGAGGGAGGGGAACCAGAGCCCCCAAGGAGGACUGGGAAGACCAACCAGCGUCAGAGCCUCGAGCCGGAAAGGGGCGGGACUGCCACAAACCAGUGCUGGGGCCUCGGGGCAGCCGCCCCAGACCCCGCACUGAAAUAGGGGGUGGGGGUGGGGCAGACCCCCAGGCGAGGAACUGUAGUGUUCCCUCGGACGCAGGCUCCCUGAAACAGGUGGAAAGGGCAGCAGAUUCAAGGCCCUGCAGACACGGUCCGGAGGUGGUUCUCUUUAAACUCUGCCUGCGGAGUCUUCCUCAGUCUGCUCCCAGCCUCCACAUUCCUCCUGGCCAGACUGUAGGAAGGGACUUUUGUGUUUGUUUCAGGAAAAAAGAAAAGGGGGGGGAGAGAGAGAAAGAGAGAGAGAUGGCCAUUCUUCACAUUCCACUACCCAGGCCCGCACCCCCAUCCCCAAUUUCGAGUCCCAGAAUAAAACCAUUUUCCUGCAAA